AGGGCAGCAUGCUGUAGUGCGUGUGCUGCCUUUGGCUGAGUGUGCUGAGUCCUGCGUGGGUUUUGGUGGAGCUGCACCCAGAGAGGCUGCCUUUGGUUGCUGGGAGCCUUUGCACUGGAACUUCUGUUCCUGUUGUCUUCCAGAAACAGCCUGUGAUCUGGGAGGUAGAAGGUAAGAUCAGGAGGAGCCCAGCCAGAGCUCUAAGGCUGAGGCCCCCGGAACCCAGAGGUGAGUGGCAGCCUUCUGACUGCCCUGCCCCCAACCCCUGAACUGUGGUUUUCAGCUUUGCUGACUAAGGUCCUCCCUGGGGUGGAUUCUGGGGAGAGGGAAGCCUAGGUCCCCAAGGGUCCCUAGGUGGGUGGGACAGCUGCUGCCUUCUUUCUUCACCACAUCCGUGGUCUCGCUGGGGUUGGGUGGGGUAUAUAUAUGUGGGCGCGUGCACUUCUCCACCUGCUCUAUUUUCAACAAAUCUCUCCUGGACAGGAGCUCUGGGAUGCUGUAUGCCCAGGCUGUCCCCUAGGGGUGUCUCCAAGAGCAGCCUCUGGGUAGAGAGCUGGGGGAGGUGCCCAGCCAGGGCCUCAGUUCUGGAGCAGGAGAGUGAGGGGAGCACAGCCGUGGAUUUCUUGGUACCCACAGAUGCCUCACUCCAGCCUGCACCCGUCCAUCCCACAGCCCAGGGGUCACAGGGCCCAGAAGGCAGCCUUGGUCCUGCUGAGUGCCUGCCUGGCAGCCCUCUGGGGGCUAGGGGAGCCGCCAGACCACAUUCUCCACUGGCUGGUACUCCACCUGGCCUCACUGCAGCUGGGGCUGCUGUUGAAGCGGGCCUGCAGUCUGGCGGAAGAGCUGUGCCACAUCCACUCCAGGUACCAGAGCAGCUACCGGAGGGCUGUGCAGGCCUGCCUGGGCUGCCCCAUCCGCUGUGGGACCCUGCUGUUACUGUCCUGCUAUUUCUACUACUCCCUCCCAAACAAAAAUGGCCUGUCCUUCAUUUGGAUGCUUGCCCUCCUGGGCCUCUCACAGGCACUGAACAUCCUCCUGGGCUUCCAGGGCCUGGCCCCAGCUGAGGUCUCUGCAAUCUGUGAGGAAAACAACUUCAACGUCGCCCAUGGGCUGGCAUGGUCAUAUUAUACUGGGUACCUGCGGCUGAUCCUGCCAGGGCUCCGGGCCCGGAUCCAAGUUUACAAUCAGCUCCACAACAACGUACUAUGCGGUGCAGGGAGCCAUCGGCUGCACAUCCUCUUCCCAUUGGAUUGUGGGGUGCCUGACGACCUGAGUGUGGCUGACCCCAACAUUUGCUUCCUGCAUGAGCUGCCCCAGCAAAGUGCUGACCGUGCUGGCAUCAAGGGUCGGGUUUACACCAACAGUGUCUAUCGGCUUCUGGAGAACGGGCAGCCGGCAGGCGCCUGUGUUCUGGAGUAUGCCACCCCCUUGCAGACCCUGUUUGCCAUGUCACAGGAUGGCCGAGCUGGCUUUAGCCGGGAAGAUCGGCUUGCGCAGGCCAAACUCUUCUGCCGGACACUUCAAGACAUCCUGGCAGAUGCCCCUGAGUGUCAGAACAACUGUCGCCUCAUUGUCUACCAGGAACCUGCAGAUGGAAGCAGCUUCUCCCUGUCACAGGAGAUUCUCCAGCACCUGCGGCAGGAGGAAAGGGAGGUUACUGUGGGCAGCACGGAGACCUCGGUGGUGGCCACUUCCUCCACUCUGUCCCAAGACCCCCAGCUCCUCAUCAGUGGCAUGGAACAGCCUCUCCCACUCCGCUCGGAUGUCUUCUGAGGCCCAGGGUCACCUUGCCUGAGCCCCCAGCGAGUCCCAAGACUCUAGAUUGGGGGCUUUCUUCAACAACUGGAUUCCCAGCAGAAUCGUUUCCUCUCACAGGAGGCCUCUCAGAGAAGGUCCCUGGACUUGACAUCUCAAGAAGAGCCCUAUGACCUUGGGCAAGUUGUUUCACCUCUCUGAGCCUCAGUGUCCUCAUCUAUGAAAUGGGAUUAUAAUCACGGCCUACAUACCUCACAGGGUUGUUGUGAGGAUUAUGACGGCAUGGAAGUUUUUUGUAAACUCUAAAUGCCAAGUAAACUUAAGGGAUGUGCCAAGUGUCUUCCAUUGGGCCUUCUGGACCUACUCUCCACCCUUCUCCUCCUCUGCCCUGGGAUCACAUCAACAGGCUCCAUUGCCCUCUGGCUUCUGGAUCAUGUUCUGUCAACAGAGAACCCUAGUGGAGGGAAGGAGGAGGGUGAGUUUGGGCCGUUUAUUCCCCCAGCUCCCUCCCUGUGGUAUCAAGGUCACUGUGGGCUUUGGGCAUCUGUCCACCUAAAGUCACAGCUUGGAGACCCUCUCCAUAACUCUGUGUAUCUCCAGGUUCUGGUAACUGCUUCCUCCCCCUGCCCCUUCAGGCCUAGCAGGGGUACUGGCUCCCCUGAUGCUCAUCAUGGAGCUCUCACUCUCACUUGCGGUUUCCUUAUACCUGCUCUUUCUAAAUAGACCCCUUUUUAAACA